UUGGAGCAAGUUUAUCUUUUUAAGAAAAGAAAAAAGUCUCCUCCUACUCUUCUCUUGUCAUCUCUGUCCGACGGCCCAUUUUUCCUUUUUUUUUUUUCCAAAUUUUCUCUCUCCUCUCCCUCCCUUCUUCCUCUCUCUCUAGAUCACAGUCCUCCAUUGUCAUCUUCCUCUUUAAACCUUCAUUUUCUUCCGUCUCCAUUGCAUUUCCAUCUCCCAAGAUCAUCCAUUUUCUCUCUCCUCCACCACACUCCACUCCGGUAACUUCCGAGGGGGGAGAAAAGGCGGCGACGAUUCUCAGAUUAGGUUUCUUCCAUUGUGAUUCUAUCUCCUCCUUGGAUCUGAGCAGCCAUGGCGCUUUCAGGAAUGAGAGGUUUGUCUGUAUUCAUCAGCGACGUUCGAAAUUGCCAGAACAAAGAGCAAGAGCGUCUUAGGAUCGAUAAGGAGCUUGGCAAUAUUCGUACCAAAUUCAAAAAUGACAAGGGUUUAUCUCCAUAUGAGAAGAAGAAAUAUGUUUGGAAAAUGCUUUACAUAUACAUGCUUGGUUAUGAUGUUGAUUUUGGUCAUAUGGAAGCAGUGUCUCUGAUAUCUGCACCGAAGUAUCCAGAAAAGCAGGUUGGUUAUAUAGUGACAUCAUCGUUACUCAACGAGAAUCAUGAUUUUUUGCGGCUAGCUAUAAAUACCGUACGCAAUGAUAUCAUUGGGCGCAAUGAAACUUUCCAGUGUCUUGCCUUGACUUUGGUUGGAAAUAUUGGUGGGAGGGAAUUUGCAGAAUCGUUAGCACCUGAUGUGCAGAAGCUACUGAUGUCAAGCAGUUGCAGGCCCCUGGUGAGAAAGAAAGCUGCUCUAUGCCUUCUUCGCUUGUAUAGAAAAAAUCCAGAUGUUGUAAACGUAGAUGGAUGGUCAGACCGAAUGGCUCAACUUUUAGAUGAACGGGAUUUGGGUGUUCUAACAUCUGCUGUUAGCCUGCUGGUUGCUUUAGUAUCCAACAACCACGAUGCAUACUGGAGCUGUGUUCCCAAAUGUGUCAAAAUUUUGGAAAGACUUGCUAGAAACCAGGAUGUUCCACAGGAGUACACAUACUACGGCAUCCCAUCUCCCUGGGUUCAGGUUAAGGCUAUGAGAGCCCUUCAGUAUUUUCCUACUAUAGAGGAUCCAAACACCCGUAGAUCAUUGUUUGAGGUUUUGCAACGGAUAUUAAUGGGUACAGAUGUUGUUAAAAACGUAAACAAGAACAACGCUUCACAUGCUGUUCUCUUUGAAGCCCUUGCUCUCGUUAUGCAUCUCGAUGCUGAAAAAGAAAUGAUGUCGCAAUGUGUUGCUCUACUUGGGAAGUUUAUUGCUGUUCGUGAGCCAAAUAUACGAUACCUUGGUUUGGAAAAUAUGACCCGAAUGUUGAUGGUUACAGACGUUCAGGACAUUAUAAAAAGGCAUCAAGCUCAGAUCAUCACCUCACUGAAGGAUCCUGAUAUCAGCAUUCGGAGGCGUGCUCUCGAUUUGCUCUAUGGAAUGUGUGAUGUUUCAAAUGCAAAGGACAUUGUUGAGGAAUUAUUACAGUAUCUCAGUACCGCGGAAUUUGCAAUGCGGGAAGAAUUGGCUCUGAAAGCUGCCAUACUUGCAGAGAAGUUUGCACCUGACUUGUCAUGGUAUGUGGAUGUGAUUCUUCAGUUGAUUGAUAAAGCAGGUGAUUUUGUUAGUGAUGACAUAUGGUUCCGUGUGGUGCAAUUUGUUACAAACAAUGAAGACUUGCAAUCUUAUGCAGCAGUGAAGGCCCGGGAGUAUCUUGACAAGCCUGCUAUACACGAGACAAUGGUUAAGGUUAGUGCUUAUAUACUUGGAGAGUUUGGCCACCUUUUGGCCAGCAGGCCUGGUUGCAGUCCCAAGGAACUUUUUAGCCUUAUCCAUGAAAAGCUUCCUACUGUAUCAACUUCCACUAUUCCUAUACUGCUUUCAACAUAUGCAAAAAUUUUGAUGCACGCUCAACCUCAAGAUGCAGAGUUGCAGAAUUUGAUCUGGGCAGUGUUCCGCAAAUAUGAGAGUUGCAUUGAUGCAGAAAUACAGCAACGUGCUGUAGAGUAUCUCACUUUGAGUAAGAAAGGAGCUUCUUUGGUAGAUAUACUGUCCGAAAUGCCAAAGUUCCCUGAGCGACAGUCUGCUCUAAUAAGAAAAGCUGAAGAUGUUGACGUUGAUGCGGCUGAGCAAAGUGCCAUCAAAUUACGGGCACAGCAGCAAACAUCAAAUGCUCUCGUUGUUGCUGAUCUACAGCCAGUCAAUGAAUCCCCUCCAGUUGUGCCGCUUACCCUUGUCAAAGUGCCUAGCAUGAGCAUUGAUUCGGAUCAUCAAGGUACACAAAGAGCAUUACCUGAAUCAAAUGGGACUUUGAGUGAGGUGGAUAUCCAACAGCCUUCUCCAUCUCCUGAUCUUCUUGGGGAUCUUUUGGGUCCUCUUGCUAUUGAGGGCCCUCCAGGUGUGUCCAUGCAGUCAGCGCCAGAAAUGGUACCAGGAGCUGAAGCUCCUCCAACUGAAGUCGGCGCUUUGGCACUUACACCAGUAGAUGAGCAAACGAAUACUGUGCAGCCAAUAGGAAGUAUUGCUGAAAGAUUUUUGAACUUGUGCCUCAAGGAUAGUGGCGUACUAUACGAGGAUCCUUACAUUCAGAUUGGAACUAAAGCAGAUUGGCGCGCCCAUCAUGGUCGCAUGGUCCUUUUUCUGGGAAACAAGAACACUGCUACACUUGAUUCAGUUCAAGCUGUAAUCUUGCCUCCUGCCCAUCUGAAGACGGAACUUUCACUAGUGCCUGAGAUUAUUCCUCCGCGGGCUCAGGUGCAAUGCCCACUUGAAAUCGUGAAUCUCCGUCCAAGUAGGGAUGUUUCUGUUCUUGACUUCUCAUACAAGUUUGCAACCUCCAUGGUUAAUGUAAAGCUUCGUCUUCCUGCUGUCUUGAACAAGUUCCUGCAGCCAAUACCUGUCUCUGCGGAAGAAUUUUUCCCUCAAUGGCGAUCCCUUUCAGGACCACCAUUGAAGCUCCAGGAAGUGGUGAGAGGUGUUCGACCUAUGCCGUUAAUAGAGAUGAUAAAUCUGUUCAAUAGCUAUCACUUGAUGGUUUGUCCUGGACUUGAUCCAAAUCCUAAUAAUUUGGUGGCUAGCGCAACAUAUUAUUCAGAAAGUACAAGGGCCAUGUUGUGCUUGAUGAGAAUAGAAACUGAUCCUGCAGACAGAACUCAGCUGCGAAUGACAGUUGCUACUGGAGAUCCCACACUGACUUUCGAGCUUAAAGAAUUUGUCAAGGAACAGCUAGUUGCCAUCCCAGCACCAUCCGGAGGAGCAGCAGCAGCAGCAGCAGCACCUGCACAGCCUACUAGCCCGGUAGCAGCAUUGACAGAUCCUGGAGCUAUUCUUGCCGGCUUGCUGUGAAAAGGAUGCAGUUGAUGUGUUGGUAAUAUACAUAAUGUACAAUUGAUUUACAGCCAAGCCUUGGUUCAUCUAAUUGAGCAAACAAGUGAUAUUAAACACUAUCAUGCCCCUGGGCUGGCGGAAUUGAGAAAUAACUAAUUUGUGGUCAGCUACAUCAUUGGAUACAUAAAAAAAAAAAAAAAAGGGAAGAGGGGCGCUCAGGAUAGGAUUCUUUCUUCAUAAUUUCAAGGUGCUUUGAUGAGUUUUCUUUCUUCUUAGUUUUUUUUUUCUUUUUUUUUUUCCCAUUUUAGGGUGCAUUAUUGGGGUUGGUUCUUGUAAUAUUUGUAGUAAUUAGCUUGUAAAAGAGCGUCAUGCAGUUUUCUAUUUGCCCCUCGAUUUUUUGGGUCAGAAAGGGUGUUGUAAGUUGAAAUAGUAAGAAUUAGAGUGAAAUAUAUUUCUUUAAUGUCGGCAAGCAUAAAGUUGUAACCAGCACAGUUAAGUAAUUAACAUUUAGCAAUAUUGUUGGUAUAAUAUUACGGAGUAUCUAUUUUUGCAA